AUGUCGGGAUAUCCUGGUGGUGGUCAAAACGACCACUACGAUGAUGGUUACGGUCAUGGUGGCCAGAAUGUUCACAACGAGGCCAACCCUGAUCCGUACUAUCAAGAUGAUCAGUACUAUGACAACGGCUAUGAUGCCCGUGGCGGCCAUGGUGGCCAAGUCGGCAACCCAGGUCACAGUGGCCAAGCCGGCGAUGGCUAUUAUGAUGAAUCGUGCGUUUAUUCUGUCGAAGGCUACUACAAUGCUGAUCCCAACAACCCAUAUCACCAAGAUGGGGGUUAUUACGAUGGCCAAGAUCAGUAUCAAGAUGAAUACUACAACAACAACAACAACAACAACAACAACAACAAUGGCCAGGGCUACUAUGACCAAGACUACAAUAACGGCUACGCCGCACAAGGUGCCCGACAUGGCUCGGAGGAGGACUCAGAGACGUUUAGCGACUUUACUAUGAGGUCGGACAUGGCGCGAGCUGCCGAAAUGGAUUACUAUGGCCGCGGUGAUGAGCGUUACAACAACUACGGCGACGGCCAGCGAGGAUAUCGCCCACCUUCGUCUCAGAUGUCCUAUGGCGCCAAUCGGUCGUCUGGUGCAUCAACGCCCAACUAUGGUAUGGAUUACGCCAAUGUUUUGCCCGCUGGUCAACGUUCUCGAGAGCCGUAUCCCGCCUGGACCUCGGAUGCUCAGAUCCCUCUGUCCAAGGAAGAGAUUGAAGACAUUUUCCUGGACCUAACAUCCAAGUUUGGCUUCCAACGGGACAGCAUGCGAAACAUGUAUGAUCACCUCAUGACCCUACUCGACUCCAGAGCCUCUCGCAUGGCGCCGAAUCAAGCCUUGCUCUCUCUGCAUGCUGAUUACAUCGGAGGUGAUAAUGCCAACUAUCGGAAGUGGUACUUCGCGGCUCAUCUUGACCUUGAUGAUGCUGUCGGUUUCGCAAACGCAAAGAGCAAGGGACUGCGCCGCAAGACCAAAAACAAAAAGAAGAAGAAGGCGGGAGACGGCGCCAACGAAACCGAAACAUUGCAGGAUCUCGAGGGAGACGACAGCCUCGAAGCCGCCGAAUAUCGCUGGAAGACGCGAAUGAACCGCAUGUCUCAGCAUGACCGUGUCCGCCAGAUUGCCCUCUACCUUCUCUGCUGGGGCGAGGCCAAUCAGGUUCGUUUCAUGCCGGAAUGCCUCUGCUUCAUUUUCAAGUGUGCCGAUGACUAUCUCAAUUCUCCCGCUUGCCAAGCACUCGUGGAACCCGUGGAUGAGUUUACCUUUCUGAACAAUAUCAUCACCCCGCUCUACCAGUACUGCCGAGAUCAAGGCUAUGAGAUUCUCAACGGCGUGUACGUCCGCCGCGAACGCGACCAUAAGCACAUUAUCGGCUACGACGACUGCAACCAGCUUUUCUGGUACCCUGAAGGCAUCGAACGUCUCAAAUUGCAGGAUAAGAGCAAGCUCGUGGAUGUCCCACCUGCUGAGAGAUACUUGAAGUUGAAGGAUGUCAACUGGAAAAAGUGCUUCUUCAAGACAUACAAGGAAUCGCGAUCAUGGUUCCACCUCCUCACAAACUUCAACCGCAUUUGGAUCAUCCACCUAACCAUGUUUUGGUUCUACACCGCACAUAACGCUCCGACGUUACUCGUUAAAGAUUACGAGCAAGAGGUCGACAACCAACCCUCUGCGGCUAAACAGUUUUCAAUUGUCGCGUUCGGAGGAGCCAUCGCGACCCUCAUUCAAAUCUUCGCCACCAUCGCUGAAUGGGCGUAUGUUCCCCGUAGGUGGGCGGGGGCUCAGCAUUUGACGAAAAGGCUGCUCUUUCUCAUUGCCAUAUUUAUCAUCAACAUUGGCCCAGGGGUCAAAAUAUUCGCUUUGCCGACAGAAAACCCAGGCUCAGUUGAUGUUGAUCUCAUCCUUGGAAUCGUUCAAUUCGUUAUCGCCAUACUCACGUUUCUCUUCUUCGCGAUCAUGCCUCUCGGUGGUUUGUUCGGCAGCUACCUGACGAAGAACUCGAGACGGUAUGUCGCCAGCCAGACCUUCACAGCCAGCUACCCUAAGCUCUCCGGUAACGACAUGGCCAUGUCCUACGGGCUUUGGUUGGCUGUCUUCGGGCUCAAGUUUGGAGAGUCGUACGUCUAUCUGACUCUCUCGUUCCGCGAUGUGAUCCGAUACCUUUACAUUUUCAACCCUCAAUGUCUAGGCGAUGGUCUCUUGAAUCCACCAAACAUCCUCUGCAAACAUCAUCCCCUCAUUCUCAUGGGUCUCAUGGCUUUCACAGAUUUGAUUUUCUUCUUUCUAGACACCUAUUUGUUCUACGUCCUGUUCAACACCAUCUUCUCCAUUGCCCGGUCGUUUUAUGUCGGCUCUUCGAUUUGGACGCCCUGGAGGAACGUUUUCUCUCGUCUCCCCAAGCGAAUAUAUUCCAAGAUUCUCGCCACGACCGACAUGGAGAUCAAAUACAAGCCAAAAGUUUUGAUCUCGCAGGUUUGGAAUGCCAUCGUCAUUUCCAUGUACCGCGAGCAUCUUCUGGCAAUCGACCACGUCCAAAAGCUUCUGUAUCACCAGGUGCCGUCUGAGCAAGAGGGCAAGCGAACGCUUCGUGCUCCGACGUUCUUCGUCUCUCAGGAAGACCAUUCAUUCAAGACCGAGUUCUUUCCCAGUCAUAGCGAGGCGGAGCGCCGUAUCUCCUUCUUUGCACAGUCCUUGUCAACCCCCAUCCCGGAGCCGCUUCCGGUCGACAACAUGCCGACAUUUACUGUCAUGAUUCCCCACUACAGUGAAAAGAUCCUUCUCUCCCUGCGCGAAAUUAUUCGCGAAGACGAGCCGUAUUCAAGAGUCACUCUUCUCGAAUACCUCAAGCAGCUUCACCCCCAUGAAUGGGAUUGCUUUGUCAAGGAUACGAAGAUCUUGGCCGACGAGACGUCACAGAUGAAUGGCGAUUUUGAAAAAGGAGAAAAGGACGCUGCAAAAAGCAAGAUUGACGACCUACCCUUCUACUGCAUCGGUUUCAAGUCGUCAGCUCCCGAGUACACCCUCCGGACCCGCAUCUGGGCUUCGCUGCGCUCGCAGACUCUGUACCGUACCGUUUCCGGCUUCAUGAACUACAGCCGCGCCAUUAAGCUCCUAUACCGAGUCGAGAACCCUGAGGUUGUGCAGAUGUUUGGCGGCAACUCUGACAAGCUUGAACGAGAAUUGGAGCGCAUGGCACGUCGAAAGUUCAAGAUUGUCGUUUCCAUGCAGCGCUAUUCCAAGUUCAAAAAGGAAGAAAUGGAGAAUGCGGAGUUCUUGCUUCGUGCGUAUCCAGAUCUCCAAAUUGCCUAUUUGGACGAGGAACCUCCGCUGGCCGAAGGCGAGGAACCAAGACUCUACUCAGCCUUGAUUGAUGGUCACUCUGAGUUCAUGGAGAAUGGGAUGCGACGUCCCAAGUUCCGCGUCCAGCUCUCGGGCAAUCCGGUUUUGGGCGAUGGCAAGUCGGACAACCAGAAUCAUUCGCUGAUCUUUUAUCGUGGCGAAUAUAUUCAACUCAUCGAUGCUAACCAGGACAACUACCUUGAGGAGUGUCUCAAGAUCCGCAGCGUCCUGGCCGAAUUUGAAGAAAUGAAGACGGAGAAUGCCUCACCGUACACGCCUGGUGUGAAGAAUGACGCCACCUACCCCGUCGCUAUUCUCGGCGCUCGCGAGUACAUCUUUUCGGAGAACAUUGGUAUCCUUGGUGACGUUGCCGCUGGAAAGGAACAGACUUUUGGCACUCUAUUUGCACGUACUCUGGCCCAAAUCGGAGGCAAACUCCAUUAUGGCCAUCCGGACUUCCUCAACGGUAUUUUCAUGACGACUCGCGGUGGUGUUUCAAAGGCCCAGAAGGGUCUCCAUCUCAACGAGGAUAUUUUUGCCGGGAUGAACGCCAUCCUCCGAGGCGGUCGCAUCAAGCAUUGCGAAUACUAUCAGUGUGGCAAGGGCCGUGAUCUAGGGUUUGGGUCGAUUCUCAACUUCACCACCAAGAUUGGUACUGGAAUGGGUGAGCAGAUGCUCUCUCGAGAGUAUUAUUAUCUUGGCACACAGCUGCCCCUCGAUCGGUUCCUGUCAUUCUACUAUGCGCACGCCGGGUUCCACAUCAACAACAUGUUCAUCAUGCUCUCCGUCCAGCUCUUCAUGCUAUGCCUGGUCAAUUUCGGCGCCUUGAGACAUGAGACGGUUAGUUGCGAUUAUAAUCGAAACAAGCCGAUCACCGACCCCUUGUUCCCAACUGGUUGCGCCAAUACGGAUGCCUUGAUGGACUGGGUUCAGCGAAGCAUAUUCUCCAUCUUCUUCGUCUUCUUCCUCUCCUUCAUUCCGCUCAUCGUGCAGGAACUGACGGAGCGUGGCGUCUGGCGCGCGCUCGUCCGCUUCCUCAAGCAGUUCUUCUCUCUGUCGACAUUCUUCGAAGUGUUCGUCUGCCAAAUUUAUGCGAACUCUGUGCAGCAGGAUAUCUCAUUCGGCGGUGCGCGAUACAUCGGAACCGGCCGUGGGUUUGCCACGGCCCGCAUUCCCUUUGGCGUUUUGUAUUCCAGAUUUGCCGGUCCAGCAAUCUACUUUGGUGCCAGACUGCUGAUGAUGCUACUGUUCGCAACCGUCACAGUCUGGCAGGCAGCGUUGGUGUACUUCUGGAUUACCCUGCUUGGCCUAACGAUUUCGCCUUUCCUGUACAACCCGCACCAGUUUGCGUGGAACGAUUUCUUCAUCGACUACCGCGAUUUCCUCCGCUGGCUCUCUAGAGGUAAUUCUAGAAGCCACGCGUCGUCCUGGAUUGCGUUCUGCCGCCUGUCUCGAACACGAAUCACGGGAUAUAAGCGCAAGGCCCUUGGCGAGGCGUCGGCGAAACUGUCGGCCGAUGUUCCUCGUGCAGCCAUUGCCAACAUAUUCUUCACGGAAAUAUUCACACCCCUGCUGCAAGUUAUUUGGACCAUGAUUCCAUACUUGUACAUUAAUGCCCAGACUGGCGUUCUGCAAAAAAACAACCCAAAAGCAUCCAUCAAGCCCACACACUCGAUUUUGCGCGUCCUCAUCGUGGCACUUGCGCCCAUCGGUAUCAACGCUGCAGUUCUUGCUGCCAUGUUCGGUAUGGCGUGCUGCAUGGGCCCAAUCCUGAGCAUGUGCUGCAAGAAGUUCGGAAGCGUCUUGGCCGCCAUUGCUCACGGUACAGCCGCUGUCGUCAUGCUCAUUUUUUUCGAGGCUAUGUUCUUAUUGGAGGGCUUCAGCUUUCCGAGGACUUUGGCUGGCAUCAUUGCCGUUGUGGCGAUCCAAAGGUUCAUAUUCAAGCUGAUCGUGUCCCUUGCGCUCACGCGAGAGAUGAAGACCGAUCAGUCCAACCUUGCGUUUUGGAGCGGCAAGUGGUACUCAAUGGGCUGGCACUCCGUUUCUCAGCCAGCCCGUGAGUUCCUGUGCAAAAUCACCGAACUGAGCAUGUUUGCGGCCGAUUUUAUUCUCGGACACUGGCUCUUGAUUUUGAUGCUGCCGGUCAUUCUCAUCCCAAAGGUCGAUAAGCUGCACUCUAUGAUGCUGUUCUGGUUGAGACCUAGCCGGCAAAUCCGGCCCCCAAUAUACUCGAUGAAGCAGUCGAAGCUAAGGCGCCGACGUGUGAUUCGAUAUGCCAUCCUCUACUUUGUGAUGCUCUUCCUGUUUAUUGGCAUGAUUGUCGGGCCUGUUGUGGGCGGCAAGAUGAUUCCAUCCAGUUUAAUUGAUAGUGUGGGAAAAUCCGUAUCUCUGAACGGUAAGUACAUUUUAGUGCAACCGGCGUUGUCCAGUGACAAUACGAAUGGGACCUCCAAGACGGGCACUGGCCGACCCAACUACACCGGCGCGUUCACGAAGUCAGGCACGGGUGGAGGUGCGGGGGCUACCACUGCCGCCAGCAAGAUCAAACUUUUUUAA